GGAGGGGGAUGCGGACGGGGGAAGAUGGCGGCCUCGAACAACCCGCGGAAAUUCAGCGAGAAGAUCGCGCUGCACAACCAGAAGCAGGCGGAGGAGACGGCGGCCUUCGAGGAGGUCAUGAAGGACCUGAGCCUGACCCGCGCGCACCGGCUACAGCUGCAGAAAACCCAAUAUUUGCAACUGGGGCAGAGUCGUGGCCAGUACUAUGGGGGGUCAUUGCCAAAUGUGAAUCAGAUUGGGAACAGUGCCAUGGAUCUCCCCUUCCAGCACAACGGAGCUCUGGCUGAAGCCUUUGGAGCAGUUCCUGUCUCUUUGACCCCGUUCCAGUCGUCGGCGCUGGACACGAGCAGGACCACGCGGCACCACGGGCUGGUGGACAGAGUGUACCGGGACCGGAACCGCCUGGGCUCGCCCCACCGCCGCCCGCUCUCCGUGGACAAGCACGGCCGCCAGGUGGACAGCUGUCCCUAUGGCACCGUGUACCUGUCCCCGCCGUCGGACACCAGCUGGAGGAGGACAAAUUCUGAUUCUGCCUUGCACCAGAGCACCAUGACUCCAGCUCAGCAGGAAUCCUUUUCAGGAGGGUCACAGGACAUGCAGCAGAAAAGAGUUUUAUUGCUGACUGUCCCUGGAAUGGAAGAACCCACCUCUGAUGCAGACAAAACCCUCUCUAAGCAAGGCUGGGACACUAAAAAGACUGGGUCAUCGAGACCUAAAUCCUGUGAAGUUCCAGGAAUCAACAUCUUCCCCUCGGCCGAGCAGGAGAACACUACAGCCCUGAUCCCUGGCACGCACAACACGGGCGGCUCGCUGCCAGACCUGACCAACAUCCACUUCCCCUCACCCCUGCCCACGCCCCUGGACCCCGAGGAGUCCUCCUUCCCUGCCCUGAGCAGCUCCAGCAGCACGGGCAACCUGGCUGCCAACCUGACCCACCUGGGCAUCAGCACUGCCAGCCAGGCAGGAAUGACGACGACCCCGGCCCCGUCCCAGCACCGCCAGCCCAGCGUCAGCCCCCUGUCCCUGGGCACGGACUCACGGCGACCUCAGUCCCAGCAAAUGUCCCCCACGCUGUCCCCACUGUCACCCAUCACUCAGGCCGUGGCCAUGGACGCACUGUCCCUGGAGCAGCAGCUCCCCCCGUACCCCUUUUUCACCCAGACCAGCUCCCAGCAGCAGCAGCAGCCGGCAGUGGCCAGCUCCCUGCCCCAGACCCCCCCUCUGCUGCCGAGCUCGGGGCUGCAGAGGGGCCCCCAGCUGCCCCCCCUGUCUGUCACGGUACCCUCCAGCAUCCCCCAGUCGCCCCCGGGCAGCCAGAGCCAGCCCUCCGUGGGCAUCGACAUCAACUCGGCCUCACUCCAGCAGUACCGCAGUAAUGCUGGCUCCCCAGCCAACCAGUCUCCCACCUCUCCUGUCUCCAAUCAAGGCUUCUCUCCUGGCAGCUCCCCUCAACAUUCUUCCAUGCUGGGCAGUGUUUUUGGGGACUCCUAUUAUGAGCAGCAGAUGACAGCUAGGCAGGCUAAUGCCCUCUCCCACCAGCUGGAGCAGUUCAACAUGAUCGAGAACGCCAUCAGCUCCAACAGCCUGUACAGCCCCUGCUCCACCCUCAACUACUCGCAGGCUGCCAUGAUGGGACUGACGGGCAGCCACGGCAGCCUGCAGGACUCGCAGCAGCUCAACUACUCCAGCCACAGCAACAUCCCCAACAUCAUCCUGACAGUGACAGGAGAAUCCCCCCCCAGCUUAUCAAAAGAACUGACCAGCUCCUUGGCAGGAGUGGGGGACGUCAGCUUCGACACGGAUUCCCAGUUCCCUCUGGAUGAACUCAAAAUUGACCCUUUGACCCUGGAUGGACUUCACAUGCUCAACGACCCCGACAUGGUCCUCACCGACCCCGCCACAGAGGACACGUUCCGCAUGGACCGGCUGUGACCCGGGGAGCCGCCACAUGGGGGCUUCACCCACCCUGGGGGCUUCAUCCCAGCCUGGAGCCACCAUCCCGGGGGCUGCAUCCAUCCUGGGGGCUUCAUCCCAACCUGGAGCCACCAUCUCGGGGCUUUAUCCAUACUGGGGGCUUCAUCCAGCCCUGGAGCCACCAUCCUGGGGCUUUAUCCAUCCUGGGGGCUUCAUCCCAACCUGGAGCCACCAUCCCGGGGCUUUAUCCAUCCUGGGGGCUCCCCCCUGGGGGCUGCAUCCCAACCUGGGGGCUUCAUCCCACCCCAGAGCCACCAUCCUGGGGGCUGCAUCCCACCCUGGAAGCUCCAUCCCAGCCCAGGGUCCAUCCUGGAGGCUCCAUCCCACCCCUGGGUCUCCAUCCCACCCGGGGGGCUCCAUCCCACCCCGAGGGUCCAUCCGCCCCAGGGUCCCCCCCAGCCCAGGGCCCAUCCUGGAGGGAGCAGCUCUCCGUGUCCCUGUCCCAUGGGUCCCCAGCUUGUUGUUCUGAGCUUGCCGCGCUGCCCAGCCCGUCCCAGCCGUGUCCCCCGAGCCGCUCGUUGCCGUCCAGCAGUCAGGAUCGUCCGGUUUGUCCCGGUGGUUUAUCCCGGUUUGUCCUGGUGGUUUAUCCGGUUUAUCCUGGUGGUUUAUCCCGGUUUGUCCUGGUGGUUUAUCCUGGUGGUUUUCCCAGUUUGUCCCGGUGGUUUAUCCUGGUGGUUUUCCCAGUUUGUCCCGGUGGUUUUUCCCAGUUUGCCAUUGGUUUUCCCAGUCUGUCCCAGUGGUUUAUCCUGGUUUGCCAUCGGCUCUGCCCUGCAGGGCCCCCUGCCCCGGUCCCUGUGCACCCCAAGGGGCUCUGGGCCGCGGAGCAGGGCCGGGGGUGCGGGGCUGGGGGGCCCUGCCCCCUUGGGAAGCCGAUGCCCGCAGUGCCACCGUCCCGGGACUCUGCGGGUGGCACUGCCAGCCCUGCCCUGCCUGGCCCCAGGGGUGUCCCCCCCUCUCGUCCCUCCCUCCUGCCCCAGCAGUCGCGGAGCCGCCAGGCCCCAGGUCCACUUCAAACACUAUUGGUUCCAAGCUUUCUAUGGUUUUGUUUUGUUUUUGUUUUUUUUUUUUUAAUAUAUAUGUAAUAUAUAUCUAUUUCUAUAUAUGGCUACAUAUAUAGAGAGCAUUUCUGAGCACACACGAAAGUUCUAUAAUUCAUUACUUGAUUAGACAGAGGAUCAGAACAUCUUAAAGCAGCUAAAAAAAGAUAGAGACUAACCUGCAUAAUCCUAAUUUUUACUUUGUGAGAGAUUCCUGGGCAACAGGAAGGGCAUUUCCAUAGCAAUGCCAGGCUCGUAGAAUCAUGAUUUUUUAAUUUUUUAUUCUUAUUCAUUACUUAUUCUGUUACUUAUUUAUGAUUUUUUUGGUUGUUGUUGUUGUCAUUUCUUUUUUUUUUUAAUUUUAUUUAAAUAUUUGGAUAUUAGGAAAGUAGCUCAACUACAUACAGCCAAUGGAAGCACUCUACAUAAUAUUUGUACAGUACUUUUUUUUUGUGGUUUUAUUCCAGAAAUAUAUUAUAUAUAUUAUAUAUGUAGGUAUUUUUAAACUAACUGGAAUUUUAAACAGAUGUUAAGCAGGAAUAAGGAAGCCUAAGGCAAGUUUAGAUAUUUUCCUUUGGAAUAGGCAAAAUAGGGUGGUUGGAACUUAAAAAUUCUUUCAUUCACCCGGGGGAAAAAAAAAAUCUCUUGCUCCACAAUGACCAGGAUUAAAUCCUCCAAACUUCUGUUUAAUUAAAUGGAGAAAUAAUUAUUUCCGAUGGUCCUUGUGAAUAUUUUGUGCUGCAAAUUAAAAAAUAGAAAAUCCCAUCCAGAUUCCCCAGGGUCGGAAUUGGGGAUUUCACUCUGGCUGAGGGAAGGUGAUUCCCAGAUUUGUGGGAACGAAUGGAAUUAGAGGGCACUGCUGGAACAUCCUCAUUCCGCUGGGGAAAGGCAGGAAAUCAUCAGGAAUUAACAGGAUUUGGAGUCAUUAACUGAUUAGCUAAUGAACUGACCCCGAGGGAGGCGCCUGCAGCCUGGGCUGGGAGCAGCCCCGUGGAUUCCAUCCCUAAAAUCCCCUCCCAGUUCCCGUUCCCAUUCCCACCAGCUGGGGUUUGUUCACCCCUCCUGCCCCCCUGGAUUUUCUCUCUGCCCCAGCCCAAGGAAUUCCCAAUCCCAGCCCCAAAGCUUCUCCUCUUUGGGAACAGCCUGGGCCGCUCUUAAUGAGCUCCCCCGCAAUUAAUGAGAGUCCCCUGCAAUUAACGACUCCUCUCUGCUCUCCUGAGUUCUCCUAAUGAGUUAUCCAAGUUUCUGUGUGCUUCCAGAAAUCCUGGGCUGCCCUGCUGAGGUUCCUGCCUGCUCUGCUGGGUCAGGGUCAGGAUCUCCCCAGCCCUGGGCGUCCCCUCACCUUCUGUGCCAUUUGUUGACCAUUUGCACUAAAAAUGUGGAAUUUUUUCUUGGCUUCCCUGUGUCUUUUUUAUUUCUUUGUUGUUUUGUUUUCUUUUGUUUUGUUUUAAUUUGAUCCUUCUCCAUGCCCUCCAGAGGUUUCCCUGCAUCUCUUGGGAAUGUUUUGGGAUUUUUUGGCAGGGUUUGAGCUCGGUAGGACACGUUCACUCCUGGUGGCUGCUCCUUUCAGAUCCCGUCCGCUUUUCCAGUUUAAGGAGGAGAUAAAAGGCAGCUCAGACAGGAGGAAACCUGGAGAAAACCAGGAGGGAUUUGGGCCCAGGUGCCUCAGAGCCCCUUGCUGAAGGUGCAGUGAGAGCUUUGUGCAGCUCCAUGUGGGAAUUGUGUUUGUCUCCUGCUGGAACGACUCCGUGCAUGUGCAGUCCUUGUGUGUGCUGUGUUUGGAGCAGCAGAGUCACACAGGGGAGGAACCAGCAGAGCUGGGGUUCAGUCCUGCAGGAUCUGGGGUUCAGUGCAGCAGAGCUGGGGUUCAGGAGCUGGGGUUCAGUCCUGCAGGAUCUGGGGUUCCUCACGGGAGGGAGGCUCGGGCAGGGAACUGCAGCUGCAGCUCCUGCCCAGUUUUUUAACUCCGUGUGUAAAUAAGAGCUCUUUGUUUCUUAGACUUGUAAGUAGACCUUGAAAAUCGCCUUAAUUUCAAACUAACACACCUUGGAUGCAACUGUCGCAGUCAGGGAGCCUCCAGCUGGGAGAGACCCAGGUUUGGUCCCUGGGCAGAGGGCAGGAGCAGGGAUGUCCCCGUGGGAGGGCUGGUGCACAGGACGGGCUCCAGCUGCUGUGGCCAGGGAGAAGCUGCCUCUCCUCCGACCCUGUGAGAUCCAGGGGUUCCUUCCCCCAGGGACCCUUUCCUGUGGGAGCUGCCCCAGAGGAUUCCCCUUUUCUCUCACUCCUUCAAAUUCCAGUUUUGUGGCGUCAGGCUGAUGUGGGAGCAAACCCAGAGAGAAGCGUGGAACGGAUCCUAAGUGUUCCCAGAACAAAUAAUCCGCUUUUAUUCCAAAUGUGACAGCCCUGUGCUCAUUCCAGUGUCUGGGGCUCCCUCCCCACAGGUGGGAGCAGAAAGGGAAAACCAUCACUUAGGAAAAAACAAAAAAAUCAAGGAGGAAAUGGUGUUAAUUGCUAUAAUUGCUGAGUUUGAUUGCAGUGGUGGUGGAGCUGUCUGGUGUCUCCAGGGGUGACUGUCCCACCCUCCCUCCCGACCCCCCUCCCUCCGUGUUUUUCUAUCUCCAUAAGGAAUUCCCCCCAAUUCCCAAGCUAGACUGUUGCAUUUGCCAAUACAAUGGGGAAGAGCAGGAAUAAACCCUCGGUGCAUCCAAAACUGUGAUUCUUUCCCAGCGGCCAGCCCGGCCCUGGCGCUGGGGCUGGGGGAGGCUCCUGUCCCUGUACAUAGACCCCGUCCCCCUGGGCAUGCGUGACCCGGCGCGGCUCCCACGGCUUGUGCAUGGCAGGGAGCGCUUGGCAGCCCCCCUGUGCCCCCACACGGCCCGGGCUGGCUCUGCCCCCGCCCCCGGGGCCGACUCCUCCUUUUCCAGAGGGGAAAACCUCCCCAGAAGGGCAGAACCGCCCGGGAGCCGUGGGCUGUUCCGCGGCCUCGGGGAGGGAACGUGGAUUGUUUGGUGAAUUUGUGUUAGGAGAGCUCAUGGUGACCCUUCAGCUCAGAGGGAGGUUGGGUUUGAUGUCCUGGAGGUCCUUUCCAACCCUGAUUUGGUCGUUCCUUCCCAGCCUUGAUCCCAGAAUUCUUUCCCAACCUUAAUUUGGUUUUCCUUCUCCCACCUUGAUUCGGUCGUUCUUUUCCAACUCUAAUUUGGUGAUUCUUUUCCAAACUUGAGUCAGGUUCUUUUCCAAACUUGAUUCAGGUUCCCUUCCAGCCUUAAUCCAGUGAUUCCUUUCCAACCCUGAUUCAGUGGCUCUGUCCCAUCCUCAAUUCCACGAUUCCAAGAGCAAAAGCUGCCCUGAGUUUAUCUAAAAGCAGUUUACCUAAAUUUUCCUCAAAAACGAACCCUUGGACCUAAAACCUCGGGUUUCUGCCAAAACAACAAUUAAGGCUUGAGCUUAAUUUGGUUAAUUCCCUCAAGGAAAGAGCCUGGAAACCCCCUCUGGACAGGAGGGCAGCAGGAAGGCCCCUCCUCCCCCGCAGAUCCCGACCUUGGCUGUUUUUUUCGGGAGAAACCCCAAAACCAGCGCGUUUAUUCCUCGGAGCAACGGCCCCCCCGUCACUGUGAUGGCAAUGUGAAAGCGCAGGUAGCCUUUGUUACGUGUGUCUGUCCUUUUUAAAAAACAACCAGGAAAAAGAAAAAAAACCCAAAAAAACCUCCCUCCCUCUUAGAAUUAAACUUUGUAGUGUUCCUGUUCUUUGUAUUUUGAGUUGCAUCUUAUUUAUACGGCGCAGUGUAGGCAUGGAUUGCAUGUCGAUUUUCUAUGCGGGCACCACGACAUUCUGACUGUGUAUUAUAAAUCAUUUUUACCUUUUUAAACAGGGAAAAAAAAAAACCAACAAAACAAAAAAAAAAUAACAACACCACAA